CGGGAUGGCGGCGGCGGCGGCGGCCGUGCCGGGACCGGGACCGGGACCGGGAUCGGGGCCCGCGGAGACGGCGGCGCCCGGGGAGGAGGCGGCGGGUGCGGGGCUGCAGGGCCCGGGUUCGUCCCGGCUGGCCCGGCUGCCGCUGGCACGGGUGAAGGCGCUGGUGAAGGCGGACCCGGACGUCACCCUGGCCAGCCAGGAGGCCGUGUUCGUGCUGGCGCGGGCCACGGAGCUGUUUGUUGAAACCAUAGCCAAAGAUGCUUAUGUGUAUGCCCAGCAAGGAAAAAGGAAGACCCUGCAGAGAAAAGAUCUCGAUAAUGCCAUUGAAGCUAUUGAUGAAUUUGCUUUUUUGGAAGGUACUUUGGACUGAGCUGGACAGAGACAGAGAUUUCUGGAGAAAGAGACUGYAGAGGUGGUGUGAGAUGGAAAACARGAUUUUGAGGGUUCAAAUAUAAUUCUUAGAAUCAAGACACUGAAAUUGAGACAUGGCAACCAUGAUAUUUUGUAUAAAGUUGAAGUUGUUGUAAGUUCUUUAUUUAAAAUGCAUAUUUUUUCAUAACUGUUUUGUAUGUCUCUUCCUUGUGUGCUGCGGCUGCAGUGCAGCCUGCUCUCUGCUCCCAGGUUACUCCCAGUAGUAGUCUCAGCCCUUCCAGAUACUCUGCAGCAUCACAGAGCUGUGAGCAGAGAGUGGCUUGGCUCAGGUACCCAGGCACAAGGAAUUUUUUUAAUGGAAGUGUGGGUUUUGUUAUAUAUGUUUGUCUCUUAACACAAUUAAAUUUUUUAUUUUUUUG